AUGGCCUUUCCGCACCUCUUCGCCACGCCCGAGCUCACCGCCUUUGGGCUCGCCACCGGCGUCAUGCUCGCCUGCAUGGUUGGCGACAUGCUCAUGUCGACCUUCUACACGCUCACGUGGAAGGGAGGAACCAUGGACGACGGCGGCGGCGCGGGCGAGUUCAGCUCGGUCGUGGCCAGGGUGGCGUUCACGUGGGAGGGGCUGAUCGCCGGCCACGCGCGGCCGGGCGGCUUCCCCGUCCAGAGCCUGCUGGACGCGAUGGCGGUGCAGUCUGCCUCGUCCCGCCUGCUCGGACCGUUCAUGAUGCUCAUCUGCAAGUGCGACGAGAGCAACAUCCGGACGAUCCGGGAGGCGUGGCUGGCGCACGGCUCUCCCGCGUCGCUGCGCGCGCUGCUGGCCGCCGAGAGGGCGGCCGGCGCGCAGCUCGGCGAGGGCCGGCUCGAAGAGUCGUCGGCGGCGCUCGCGCUGACGUGGGCCACUCGGAUGCUCGGCUUCUGGCUCGGGAUCCUGCGCGCGCUGGCGGACGAGGAGGUGGUCGCCGGCAUGAGCAUGCCGCGCUACGCGACCGGCGUCGUGUACAACGACUGGGUCGCCCCCUACCACGGCCUCCUCCUUCGCUCCACCUUUCGAGCGGGCCUGCGCGCACUUCCCGCGCGCGGCGAGAUGCUGCGCCGCCUCGCCGGCGGAGACACAUCGAGCGAGCGGCAGGCGCAUCUCGUGCGGGACUGCAAGCGCUGCAUUGCCGCGACGGAGCGCGUCAUCGAGACGCUGCGCGCGGCGCUGCGGGAGCAGGGCCUGCGCGAUGAGACGAGGGUGUGA